AUGUCUAGGUAUCAGGAUUUGGUUCGAGGGUUGAUGCGCGGGUUCGAGCAACUUUCAUUGGUCAAGGUACCUCGUGAGAAGAAUUCCCGUGUGGAUGAGUUGGCUAAAGCCGCUUCAGGUUGCACGGAGAUCACUAACAUCGCUAAAAUUGAGGUGCUCGAAGGACCAAGUAUUGAAGGUAUCAGGCCUCGCCAUCGGGUCAUGACGAUCGAGUCAAUUCCAAACGACUGGAGAGGUCGAAUUGUCAAUUACCUUGAAUUUGGCAUCCAGCCAGAUGAUCCGACGGAGGCCAGAAAGCUCAGGAUGAAGGCUGCGCGGUACCUUGUUGUCGAGGAGGACACUACUACACAAACCAGGUUUGGGGACACCCACUAA